CAGGAAAACGGUAAUAGUUUGGAGAAUAUGUUUCUAUCUUGGGUUCCAAUCUGUAUAAAUGCUCGUAAUAAAUAAAAAGGGAUUGUAACAAAAAAAAACCGUUAUUAAUUUCAAGCUUCGCCAUUUCCCGCCAACGGUCGGCCAUCGAAGAGUUUAAUUUUGUAACCGUUUGAGGGCGCUUUUUUGUCUGCUGGUUGCUGGUGGCGAGCGCCGGAACAGCAGUUUUUAUAGCGCGGGUGGGUGUUGUCGUUAUAUUUUUACGUGUUGGAUGUUAAUUCUUGUGCGAUAUUAAGUGGAAAUCUGUGCAAAAUGCCGCCGAAAAAGCGGGAGAAGGAGCCCGAAGUGCAAAAAGCCCCACGGAUGGACAUGGUGCAAGCGGAUCACGAGCUGUUUCUGCAAGCCUUUGAAAAACCUACCCAAAUCUAUCGAUUUUUGCGGACAAGAAAUCAAAUUUCGCCGAUAUUUCUCUAUAGAAAUCUGUCUUACAUGAGACAGCGAAUGUCUAGAACGCAUAAGUCGCGUCGAGGAUUUAGAAUCAACUCUAUUUUAGAAAAGUUAGUGAUUAAAAAUGAGCAACAACAGAAUCCUGGAAUCAGGGGUUACAUGACACUAACGUUUUUAGGAUUUUACGAUAAAAAAUUGGAGGUGCCUCAGGAUCCUGUAAAGGUUGAGACCUUGCUGUUAAAAAUUUGCCAUAAAAAGCGAAAAGACGUUAGUUCACCAAUCAUGCAGGUUUCUGUUGGAACAAGCGAGGUGCCGAUCAAUCCUUCGGAGAACCAACCUCCACCAAAAGCACCUACUAUUUCCAUACCAAAUGAAUCAUUUAGCUUAAAUAAUGGCCAUUUAGCAAAGACUUACAUGCUUUUGCUCAGAGUCUACUGCAUGUCCAACAAUGGCUGCCUUAUGCAUAACUGUGAUUUAGACGUUUCAGAGCCAGCACAAAAGCGUCGCAAAACUGCCACCGGUGCUGUUAAAAUCGGUAGUGAAGAAGUGAAAUUGUAUGGUUCGGAACUUGUAGUAUAUGACAAACACAACCGCUGUCUUUUGACAGAUGGAGAUUACGAAUUAGGUUUGCAAGAAGUGCAAACCAACGUGAGGUCCAGUCCUAAGAAGCAUAGCUCUUGGGAGGCGAUACCGGAUAUUAAAGACUGCAGUCCUUUCGACGUUUUUACCCGAGGACCGACACUUAAAUUUAGAUUGAGUUGGACCAUGGAACCAAGCAAUGGUUUAGUUGACAGACCUGCACCAGUAAAUCCACUGCCUAAUGGAGAUAACAAAGAAAAUCGACCUGGAAACCAUUGUUCUACAAAUCAUAAUAAUAAUAGCAGUAGCAAUAACAAUAAUAAUCUAGCCCUAGCAGCGCCUAGUCCUCUUACUCCUUCGAAGGUUUCCAUGACUAAUGAAAAGAUGGAUACUUCUAGUGGAUCGCAACAAAUUGUUUACCAGUUUUUGUACAAUAAUAACAGCCGACAACAAACUGAGGCCUGCGAAGAUCUUCAUUGUCCGUGGUGCUCUUUAGACUGCAGCAAACUAUACUCUCUUUUAAAACAUUUGAAGCUUUGCCAUUCGAGAUUCACGUUCACUUAUGUGCCAAUACCUCAAGGAGCACGAAUAGACGUCGCGAUAAAUGACUGCUACGAUGGAUCGUAUGCUGGAAGUCCUCACGAAUUGAUCUCACAACCUUCUGGAGUCGCUUUUUCAAGGACUGGACCAACUAGACGUACUAGUGUAACUAACAUUUUAGUCUGCCGGCCUAAGAGAACAAAACCGAGUCUCUCUGAGUUCCUAGAACUCGAUGAGAAUGAAUUUGAAAAUCAGCGAACAUACAUCACGGGGCACAACAGGCUCUAUCAUCACACCGUCACAUGUUUACCGAUACAUCCAAAGGAGAUGGACGUAGAUUCCGAGGGAGAGAACGAUCCAAAGUGGUUACGAACCAAAACAAUGAUGAUGAUUGACGACUUUACGGACGUGAACGAGGGCGAGAAGGAAUUAAUGAAAAUGUGGAAUCUACACGUGAUGAAAUACGGCUACGUAGGCGACUGUCAAAUUCCCCUCGCUUGUCAAAUGUUCCUCGAGAAAAAAGGUAAAGAACUCCUGAUGAAGAACCUCUAUCGGAAUUUUGUCCUUCACAUGUGCAGUCUCUUUGACUUUGGUCUCAUCAGUCCUGUGAUUCUCUACCAAAUGAUCCAAAAGCUACAGGAAAUUAUGAAGGAGGGAGGCGAGAAUGGAGACGUGCGAAAGAUUCUGCAAAAGUCUCACGAGGCUCAGGUCGAGCGUUGGGUUACCACUGGAGUUUAUGCGCCAGCAGAGAACGUCAAAAGUGGCAGUUCUUGCGCAAAAAUCAAUUUUAAUAACGAGGGCUCGCACUCAAACGCCCGACGAAAGACCACCCUUCCUCUUGGAUCGCCACCAAAUGCCCAGGCUGCCAAAACUGCCACUUCCGUGCACAACAAUGCCACGAAACAUGCCAGCAUGAUGGGCGCAUCUUCCAACAACAAAUCUCUCAGCCUCAAUAAUACGAUUCAGAACUCGAUGAAUAAAAUUGGGGGAGCCACCUUUCCAACCCAGAACGGUGUCAGUAAAAGUGGCUCGUCGAGUACGAGUCGAACCUCUAGCUCAUCAGCAAGUAACACGAAUCAGAACGAAAGCGCACAAAAGUCCGAGCCUCCGACUAGACGCAAGAGCACUAAUUCAGUACAACCCGAUUCAUCGGCUCCAUUGCGCCGGAAAUCUAUGGCUAACGAUAAUUCGAGUAAUGAGUUUCAUAGACGAAAGCUAAUUUUGGACGCUAUACAGUCUGGCUGAAUUAAUUCUAUAGCGAAACGACAGGGUCGUUUUAUUUAAAAAAAAAAGGACCGCGCGCGGAUUGUACGUUUUUGUACAGUAUUUGUUGCGUAAAAUAAAGUAUAAUCGCGAUUUAAAGUAAUUAUCACUCCACUGUGGAUUAGUAUACGAGGUGUAUCGCACCCUUAUAUCUGUGUUUUUCUUUCUUUCUCGUUUUGUAUACACUGCGCUUUAUUUGCAACGUCAAAUGCGUAAUUGAAAUUAUUCAAAGGACGGACGUGAGUGAGUUGAUAUAACAUUAAUGUAAAUUCGAUAGUGUUCGGCUUCUUACUGCUCAAAAGAAAAACGCGUUACUUUUGUAGAAAUAAAGAUUAAAGUGGUUUUAAAUCGUUGAGAACUUAUGAAGCGGGUCUCAUAAAUUUUCAGAUAUUAAUUUACAUUCCGGAAAAAUAUUCUGAAUCACGAAACGGGGAAUAAACAAGACUUUAUUGUCGAUAAU